AUGCCGACGCUCCGAAAAGCCGUCUUCGCCGUUAUCUGCCUGGUCGCCUUCGUAUUCCUCAUUCGCUCGACCCGGCCAGCCACUGACAUUCCCGGGGUACCAGGAUACAAGCCUGUGCAAGAUAUUUUUGCAGAGGAACAGGAAUUGCUGCUCAACCCGAAAAAGAAAGCCAAGUCCCGACAGCAGCAGCUGUUCGGCCCGGCGCUAACAGCCCCGUUGCGCGAUCGUCUACGCUACCAAUUCCCUUACAAACUCGAGCCCCAUUUUCCCGCAUAUAUCUGGCAAACAUGGAAGUACGCACCGUCCUCGAGUCGAUUUGAUCGGGACCUGCGCGAGGUCGAGGCGACAUGGACGGAGAUGAACCCAUAUUUCACCCACCAGGUGAUUGGCGACGACACCCAGCGCCAUCUUAUCGAGUAUCUCUACGGAUCGAUGCCGGAUGUCUUCGAGGCCUAUGACUCCUUACCGCUGGCGGUGAUGAAGGCGGAUUUUUUCCGGUACCUCGUACUGCUUGCUCGCGGUGGAGUUUAUAGCGACAUCGACACCCGAGCACUCAAGCCUGCCCAUUACUGGUUACCAGAGGAACUCGACCGCUCGACAAUCGGAUUUAUGGUCGGUAUUGAGGCCGAUCCCGAUCGACCGGACUGGCAUGAUUGGUACUCACGUCGCAUCCAGUUCUGUCAAUGGACUAUUGUCUCCAAACCGGGCCAUCCGAUCCUGCGUGAUAUGGUCGCUUAUAUUACGGAGGAAACGUUGCGCAUGAAGAGAGCUGGGAUUCUCAAGGUCGGCAAGAUGGAUAAGACUAUCAUGGAGUUUACGGGGCCCGGAGCCUGGACUGAUGCGGUCUUCCGCUACUUCAAUGACCCGAAUUACUUCAAUAUCGUGCCCGGGGAGAAGAACGUCACUUAUGAAGACUUCUCCGGCCAAACUACCCACCGCAAAGUCGGUGAUGUGGUCGUCUUGCCUAUUACGAGUUUCAGCCCUGGUGUUGGACAGAUGAACGCGGGUGAUACCGAUCAUCCUAUGGCCUUUGUAAAGCACAAUUUCGAUGGCACGUGGAAGACGGAUCCAUCUCUAUGA